UCUGUUUUGAAUUGUUGUUCUUGAGCUUGAAGUAACGGCACUUCUUGGACGCGAUAUAAAUUAAAGAAAAAUGUGGGAAUAAUAAAUUAAUGAGUUGCAAAUGUAACCGGUUACAAUAAAAUUGCAAAUGCAAGGCUUAUAACAUUUUUUUUAAUUCGUACGUGCUGAUAAUAAAGAAAAAUAAAAACAUCAAGGUGGAGUUAGUUGUGGAAAAUGGCGCAACCGCCGCCGGAUCAGAACUUUUAUCAUCAUACGCUGCCGCAUCCGCACCCACACACGCACCCACACCCGCAUUCACACACUCACGCACACACACACACACAGCAUCCACAGCUGCAGUUGCCGCAGUUUCGUAAUCCCUUCGAUUUACUGUACGAUGAUCGCAUCAACUACAACUACAUACGUCCCUAUCUGCCAAACCAAAUGCCCAAACCAGAUGAGCUGUCCGACUCGCUGGUUAUGCGACGACCUCGUCGCACCCGCACCACCUUCACCAGCUCCCAGAUUGCGGAAUUGGAGCAGCACUUUCUGCAGGGACGUUACCUGACCGCGCCACGUCUGGCCGAUCUGUCGGCCAAGUUGGCGCUGGGCACGGCACAGGUCAAGAUCUGGUUCAAGAAUCGCAGGCGUCGCCAUAAGAUCCAAUCGGACCAACACAAGGAUCAGUCAUACGAUGGAAUGCCGCUGUCACCAUCGAUGCCCAAUGCACCACUGAAGUCCACGGACGCGGAUCCGCCGAGUCUGCAAGCACUAAGCCUUGGAGGUGGCUCUGCCACGCCCAAUGCCCUCACACCAUCACCUACACCGUCCACGCCAACGGCGCAUCUCGUGGAGCAUUACAGUGAAUCCUUCAAUGCAUACUACAACUACAACAAUCACCACCCACAGGCCACUGGACAGCAGCGGCAUGUGGCACAGGUGCAUGCCCAAUACACAGCGGCAGCAGCGUCCAACACUGCCUCACAGUUUUUCCCCGCUGGAGCCAUGCAGCAACAUGGCAAUCCACAUGGACAGCAGCAGCUCCAUCAGCAGGCGGUGCCACCGCCACCGCCAUCUCAUCAUCAACAACCGCAGCAGCUUCACCAUCAUCAUGUGAUGGCCCAACAACAACAACAGCAACAACAACAUCAGCAGCAGCAACAACAGCAACAACAAUAUCAUCAUUUUGACUUUCAACAAAAGAAUGGAAACGGCUGUCGGGUGCCGCUGCUGAAAGGCGACAACGAGGCCGACUACAGUUUCAAUGGUUCGUAUUAUAUGCGAACAACGGCGCUGCCACUGGCCGGCGUCGCUGCCAAUAUGCCGGCCGUCGAGUCCGUGACGUCUGCACUCUCGCCCGGCUCCGAGGUCUAUGAGCCAUUAACACCAAAGAAUGACGAAAGUCCCAGUCUGUGUGGCGGUGGUCCUGGUGGCGGGGUUCCUGGCAGUGGCGGCGGCCCCUGUGCAACUGCUGUCGGCGCCGACGAUGUCACCGACGACAUGGACGAUGGAUCGACUAAAAAGACGACGAAGCUACAGAACUUGGAGCCACUGAAGAGCAACAAUGCUGUUGCAGACAAACACUGUGAUGACAACAGUGAUGUUCUGGGUGCAGGACUACUUGCUGUGGCACGCGGCAACCGCAUCGGAUGUGGCAGCAAUGCCAACAGCGCUUUUGGCAAGUUCGGUAAACUAACAGUACCGUCAACGCAGGCGCCACCUUUGCCGUCAUCGGAGGCAAUUCACGAAGCAAAUCAAUAUCAAUGUACGAUGGAUACGAUAAUGCAAGCGUAUAAUCCACAUCGUAAUGCCACUGGCAACACGCAGUUCGCCUACUGCUUCAAUUAGGCCUUAACCCUGAGCGGUCUAUAAUUAAUAGGGAUUGUAUACACAAAAUAGGAUAUAUUGUAAACCCAAAAGUUUAUAUGUUUGUGGAUUUUUUAGCUUUAAGUGACACGUUGAUUCCUGAUUGUACAAAGUUUAAAUGAUUGUAUAAAUAUUUACCCGUAGUUACCUGUAGUAGUUUAAGCCAUUUAAUAUUGUUUAAAUGUUUAGAUUUUUCGUUGCUACAGCUUUUAAUGCAUUUUAUAAUGAUAUUAUUCAGAAACUUCCUUUAUCACACAUUCCUUAUUCUUUACUCUAUCUGGCUGGGCAUUUUCGAAAGCCCAUGAAUGUUCAGCCAGAUAUUGUCAAGAUAGUAAUGGGCUUUACUGAAAGUGUGAUAGAUUAAGGUUCUAUUAUGAAAAUCGCAUGUUAAAUUAUAUUCUCUUUAAUAACUCGAGCAAAUUGUCAUAACUAAAAACUGUACUGAUCGAAAUGAAAAAUGUUUCUCUUCUUGAUAAUCGCAUGCCCUUACUUUUGGGUCAUGCUAUUAUCAGGCAAAGAUCGAACGUUUAAACAAUAAUUAUCAUCAGAAUAUUUUUAACUUUGUUAUGCCUCAGGUUGCGUGUUGCAAUUAAACAUUCUUCGCGCAAGAAUCGUUUGAAAAUUGUAUAUUAAUGCAUGACAACCUCACGCUCCAAUUAUAUAAAUUGAAUAUAAGCUUAACUAGUGGAUUUUUAACUUUUAUCAAUUUAAAAUGCAUUGAACUCUGUUAAGUAACGCUACGAAUGGUGCACCCUUCAAUUAGUGUUUUAAGUAUACCUGAUCUGUGUAAGAUAGUCUAUAUAAAAACAUAUAUUAAUUUUUCAACAUAACUGUUGACAA